AUGCUCUCGGGCACGAGGCCCGAGACCGCCGUUGAGGCUCUGCGUCUUCAGCAAAUGGAUCUCCACCGCCGCCUCUCGAUCUCCGCUGCCGCCGUCUCCCCCCUGAGCAAACCCUCUUUCACGAAACCCACCGGUGUGCCGCAUCAUCGCCGUCUCUCCGGCGAGAUCCGAAAGCAACGUGAAGAUUCGGAUUGGAUCUCAACCCCUCUCUUUGUAAACUGUUGCGACACAACUCCGGGGGUGCAGAAGAUUCUCGUGAAUGGUGGCUCUGUUCCGGCGAGAAGUUUUCCCACAGUCGCGACCUCUCCUCCUCAAAGAAGAUCUUUCGGCGAGCUCUUGUCGCCGUUGAACCACGCCCCUCUCUCGUUGGCCCCUGCGAUGUCGGAACCACCAGAUCUGCUCCCUUGGCCAGACCCGUUGCUGGUGGUGUUUUCGCUGUCAUCACCGCUGGCUCCUCCGGACUGUUCUGUCAAUCUUCGGCUUUGA